UUACAAACAUAUGUAUAUACAAAGUAAAACGUCCUGAUAACAUGCCGCGCUACUUACGGGGAUUAUUUCUUAUCACUAAAGUUCAUUCAAACAGGGGAAGUACUUUAACAGGUCAUGUUCAUUUAGGUGCCUAUAUUAUAUUUUUCACGCAUGUUAAGAUGAAUGCCAAAGGAUUCCCCUUUGCAUCUGGACUUGGUAUAAAUAGGUACGCAUUUGAGACACUGGUAUCAUAAAUCUACUUGUGUUCUUCGAAGUAACACUGAAGUCAUAUCAAAUUUGUAAACAUGAAGAUGCUGUGUAUGUUCGCUGCUCUGAUGGUGUGCGUGUUCGCACAGGAGUGGUACGAGGGCGAUGAGCAAGCGUUCGUCGACAACAGCGAGUACCAAUACAGACUGGAUCAGCUGAGAAAGCAGCGCGACAGGAGACCCAAGCGUGAGGUCAAGGGCUCUAUUCCCGUCGGGGACAAUGGGAAACUCAUCGGAACCCUCGGGGAUACGGCCAAGGGAGGACUAUAUGGCACCGGCGCCUACGAGCACACCCUCAUCAACAACGACGGUGGGCGGCUAGCGGCGCAGGCGUACGGCACGCGCGUACUGAACCCCAACAAAGAUUCCACAUACUACGGCGGCAAGCUAGACUGGAGCGACUCCAACAUGCACGCUUCUGCGGACGCCAGCCGGCGGAUCGGAGGGCGCGCUAGAGUGGAUUUGGAAGCCGGUGGUAGAUGGGAGCCUUUCAAGAACGCAGAUCUGACGGCCGGAGGCUACUACAGCCAUCGCGAGGGCAGGCCGUCAGACUACGGUGGCCGUGCUAAUUUUAACUAUCGUUUCUAGAUUGUCCCUAGGUCAUAUUUUAUUGAAGAACUUAGGUCAAACUUAUCAUCAUAAACCAAAUUGUGCGAGGGACAUAUUUGCAUUUCAGGCAAAAUCCUCUUAUUUUAAAUAAAUAUCUGUGAUGGUACUUUAAUGUGUAUUUCAAUAAUUCAUAUUGUUAAGUACGUUUACAUUAUUAUUAAAAAUAUAUUUAUUACAAAAAGCA